CCCCGGCCGCGGGCGCCGAGGGGCGCGGCCGCGCUGAGGCACUACGUUCCCCGGCGUGCAGCGGGACGGGGCAUAUAAGUGGCUGGCGGCGAGCGCGCUUCAGUCAGUCAGUCAGUCGGUCUGCGCGCCCGCCCGGCGGAACAAUGCCUUCGCCGCCGGGGCCGGGCAGCCGCGGCUGAGGCGCGGCGGGAGCAGCCGGGCAGCGGACGGGCUCGCCGGCCACCACCACCGCCGCCGCUGCCGGCGGGGGGCCGGGCGCACGCACGCCGCGAGCAUGUGGAUACCCACGGAGCACGAGAAGUACGGCGUGGUAAUAGCUGGUUUUCGAGGGACAGUCCCACACGGCCUAUCACUGGAGAUUGGAGACACUGUUCAAAUAUUAGAGAAAUGUGAUGGAUGGUACAGAGGAUUUGCCUUAAAAAACCCCAAUGUUAAGGGCAUAUUUCCAUCCAACUACAUUCACUUGAAAAAUGCAUGUGUUAAGAACAAAGGACAAUUUGAAAUGGUUAUUCCAACAGAAGAUUCUGUUAUUACAGAAAUGACAUCAACUUUAAGAGACUGGGGAACGAUGUGGAAACAACUCUAUGUGAGGAAUGAGGGGGAUCUCUUUCACCGACUGUGGCACAUAAUGAAUGAAAUCCUAGAUCUGCGAAGGCAGGUCCUCGUUGGCCAUCUCACCCAUGAUCGAAUGAAGGAUGUCAAGCGACACAUCACUGCUCGUCUGGAUUGGGGCAAUGAACAACUGGGGCUUGACUUAGUUCCAAGAAAAGAGUAUGCUAUGGUGGAUCCUGAAGAGAUCAGCAUUACAGAGCUCUACAGGCUGAUGGAGCAUCGUCAUCGAAAAAAAGAUACACCAGUACCAGCUAGCAGCCACCAUCUUUUUGUUCAGAUGAAGAGUCUAAUGUGCUCCAAUCUGGGAGAGGAACUUGAAGUAAUCUUCUCACUCUUUGACAGUAAAGAAAAUCGGCCCAUCAGUGAAAGAUUUUUUUUAAGACUGAAUAGAAAUGGUUUGCCAAAAUGUCCAGAAAAGCCUGAAAGACACUGUUCUCUCUUUGUGGAUUUGGGUAGCAGUGAACUCAGGAAGGACAUCUAUAUCACUGUGCACAUUAUCCGAAUAGGACGAAUGGGAGCUGGAGAAAAGAAAAAUGCCUGCAACGUACAAUAUAGACGGCCCUUUGGCUGUGCAGUCCUCAGUAUUGCAGAUUUGCUGGCAGGAGAUUCAAAGGAUGACCUCGUCUUAAAAGUAUACAUGUGCAACACAGAGAGUGACUGGUAUCAGAUCCAUGAAAAUAUCAUUAAAAAGCUGAAUGCACGUUACAACUUGACAGGCUCCAAUGCGGGUCUGGCAGUUUCUCUUCAGUUGCUUCAUGGAGACAUAGAACAAAUUAGGAGAGAGUAUACAUCUAUGUUUACCCAUGGAGUAUCCAUAACAAGGAAACUAGGUUUUUCCAAUAUUAUAAUGCCUGGUGAAAUGAGGAAUGAUUUAUAUAUCACUGUAGAAAGAGGAGAAUUUGAGAAAGGAGGGAAAAGUGUGGCCAGAAAUGUGGAAGUGACAAUGCAUGUCGUGGACAGCAGUGGUCAGAUUUUAAAGGAUUUUAUCUCAUUCGGCUCUGGAGAGCCACCAGCUAGCGAGUACCAUUCCUUUGUGCUUUAUCAUAACAAUGGUCCCAGAUGGGCUGAGCUGCUGAAACUUCCUAUUCCCGUGGACAAAUUCAGAGGAGCACACAUCCGCUGUGAAUUCCGGCACUGUUCCACAAAAGAAAAGGGUGAGAAGAAGUUGUUUGGCUUUUCUUUCGUGCCCCUGAUGCAGGAAAAUGGGAGGACUCUGCCAGAUGGCACCCAUGAACUCAUUGUACACAAGUGUGAAGAAAACACAAACCUUCAGGAUUCUGGUCGCUACCUCAAACUCCCCUUUUCAAAGGGACUUUUCCUAGGAAACAACAGCCAAGCAGUAAAAACCACUAAAGAGUCCUUCUGGAUUACGUCCUUUCUCUGCUCCACUAAGCUCACACAAAAUGGAGAUAUGCUUGACCUUCUGAAAUGGAGAACCCACCCAGACAAAAUUGCAGGCUGCCUCUCAAAAUUAAAAGAAAUUGAUGGUUCAGAAAUAGUGAAGUUUCUUCAAGAUACACUAGACACUUUAUUUGGGAUUUUAGAUGAAAACUCUCAAAAAUAUGGAUCAAAAGUAUUUGAUUGUUUGGUUCACAUAAUAAAUUUGCUGCAGGACAGCAAGUUUCACCACUUUAAGCCAGUAAUGGACACUUACAUUGAAAGUCAUUUUGCAGGAGCACUUGCAUACAGAGAUCUUAUAAAAGUACUGAAGUGGCAUAUUGAUCGAGUCACCGAAGUGGAGCUGCACGAGCACAUACAGGAAGUACUAAAGGCACAGGAAUAUAUCUUUAAAUAUAUAGUUCAGUCUCGAAGGUUAUUCUCUAUUGCCACUGGUGGACAAAAUGAGGAGGAAUUUCGCUGCUGUAUUCAAGAGCUUCUUAUGUCAGUACGUUUCUUCCUUUCCCAAGAAAGCAAAGGAGCUAGUGCUUUAUCCCAACUACAAGCUGUGUUUCUCAGCUCAUUCCCAUCGGUGUACUCUGAACUUUUGAAGCUCUUUGAUGUAAGAGAAGUGGCAAAUUUGGUUCACGAUGCUCUGGGCAGCUUGCCAACAGUCAUGCAUGGGGAUGAGUCCCUUCAAGCUGUUAAACUGCAGAGUAUUGGGAAAACUGUAGAGAGUCACCUGUACACGAACCCAGAUUCUCGAUACAUUCUUCUUCCGGUAGUUUUACAUCAUCUCCACAUGCAUUUACAAGAGCAGAAGGACCUUAUAAUGUGUGCACGUAUCCUUAGCAACAUAUUUUGCCUCAUCAAGAAGAACAGCUCAGAAAAAUCUGUCCUGGAAGAAAUUGAUGUGAUUGUAAACAGCCUGCUAGAUAUUCUGUUACGGACCAUACUAGAGAUCACCAGCCGACCACAACCAUCAGGCUCUGCUAUGCGCCUCCAGUUUCAAGAUGUGACUGGGGAAUUUGUCUCCUGUUUGUUGUCACUCUUGCGACAAAUGACUGAUAGACAUUAUCAACAGCUUCUUGAUAGCUUCAACACAAAGGAUGAUCUGAGGGAUUUCCUGCUGCAGAUUUUCACUGUAUUUCGAAUACUAAUACGACCAGAAAUGUUUCCGAAAGACUGGACAGUGAUGCGUUUGGUUGCAAACAAUGUGAUCAUUACUACAGUCUUGUAUCUUUCGGAUGCCCUUCGUAAAAACUUCUUAAAUGAAAACUUUGAUUACAAGAUAUGGGAUUCCUACUUUUUUCUUGCUGUCAUUUUUAUAAACCAGUUAUGUCUGCAACUGGAGAUGUUCACACCUUCCAAGAAGAAAAAGGUUUUAGAAAAAUAUGGUGACAUGCGCGUGACAAUGGGAUGUGAAAUCUUCAGCAUGUGGCAAAAUUUAGGGGAACACAAGCUUCACUUUAUUCCAGCAUUGAUUGGCCCCUUCUUGGAAGUGACCUUGAUCCCUCAGCCAGACCUGAGGAAUGUAAUGAUUCCCAUUUUCCAUGACAUGAUGGACUGGGAGCAAAGGCGAAGUGGCAACUUUAAACAGGUGGAAGCAAAACUGAUUGACAAACUGGACAGCCUAAUGUCGGAAGGUAAAGGUGACGAAACAUACCGAGAGCUCUUCAACAGUAUAAUUCCACUUUUUGGUCCUUAUCCUAGUCUGCUGAAGAAAAUUGAGCGGGAAACAUGGAGGGAAAGUGGCGUUUCAUUAAUUGCCACUGUGACGCGCCUCAUGGAGAGGUUACUGGACUACAGGGACUGCAUGAAAAUGGGAGAAGUGGAUGGCAAAAAGAUUGGCUGCACUGUUAGCCUUUUGAAUUUUUACAAGACUGAACUGAACAAGGAAGAGAUGUAUAUUCGCUAUAUUCAUAAGCUGUAUGACCUACAUCUGAAAGCACAAAACUUCACAGAGGCUGCCUACACGCUCCUGCUGUACGAUGAGCUGUUGGAGUGGUCUGAUCGGCCACUGAGAGAAUUUCUCAACUACCCCAUGCAAACAGAGUGGCAACGUAAAGAGUGUCUCCAUCUGACCAUCAUUCAAAACUUUGAUAGGGGAAAGUGUUGGGAAAAUGGCAUUAUCUUAUGCAGGAAAAUUGCAGAACAGUAUGAGAGCUACUAUGACUACAGAAACCUCAGCAAGAUGAGGAUGAUGGAAGCAUCUUUGUAUGAUAAAAUUAUGGAUCAACAGCGUUUGGAACCAGAAUUUUUCAGAGUUGGAUUCUAUGGGAAAAAGUUCCCAUUCUUCUUGAGAAAUAAGGAAUUUGUUUGCCGAGGACAUGACUACGAAAGGCUGGAGGCCUUCCAGCAGCGAAUGUUGAAUGAGUUCCCUCAUGCCAUUGCUAUGCAACAUGCUAACCAACCAGAUGAGACCAUCUUUCAGGCAGAAGCACAGUACUUGCAGAUUUAUGCAGUGACACCAAUUCCAGAAAACCAGGAAGUCCUGCAGAGAGAUGGCAUUCCCGAUAACAUCAAGAGCUUUUACAAAGUAAAUCAUAUCUGGCGAUUCCGAUAUGACAGGCCAUUUCACAAAGGGACCAAGGACAAGGAAAAUGAGUUCAAGAGUCUAUGGGUGGAGAGGACUACGCUGAUCUUGGUGCAGAGUUUACCUGGAAUAUCUCGUUGGUUUGAAGUGGAAAAACGUGAAGUAGUGGAAAUGAGUCCCCUUGAGAAUGCUAUUGAAGUCUUAGAAAAUAAGAACCAGCAGCUGAGAACACUGAUUAGUCAGUGUCAAACUCGACAGAUGCAAAAUAUUAACCCUCUCACGAUGUGUCUAAAUGGGGUCAUUGAUGCAGCAGUUAAUGGUGGAGUUGCUAGAUACCAAGAGGCAUUCUUUGUCAAAGAAUACAUCUUGAACCAUCCAGAGGAUGGAGAGAAGAUCACACGCUUGAGAGAGCUGAUGCUCGAGCAGGCCCAGAUUCUAGAAUUUGGCUUGGCAGUGCACGAGAAGGUGGUGCCACAGGACAUGAGGCCGUUGCACAAAAAGCUGGUGGAUCAGUUCUUUGUGAUGAAGUCAAGCUUGGGAAUACAGGAAUUUUCUGCCUGUGUACAAGCUAGCCCUGUUCAUUUCCCAAAUGGAAGUCCUCGUGUAUGCCGAAAUUCCGUACCUGUUUCUAUGAGCCCUGAUGGUGCCAGGGUAAUACCACGACGCAGUCCCUUGAGUUACCCAGCUGUCAAUCGGUAUUCAUCCUCAUCACUGUCAUCCCAAGCUUCUGCUGAAGUCAGCAAUAUCACUGGGCAAUCAGAAAGCUCCGAUGAAGUUUUUAACAUGCAGCCUAGUCCGUCUACCUCAAGCCUGAGUUCUACUCAUUCUGCUUCACCUAAUGUGACCAGUUCUGCUCCAUCCAGUGCCAGAGCCUCUCCUCUGUUGUCUGACAAACAUAAGCAUUCCCGAGAAAACUCUUGCUUGUCCCCCAGAGAGAGGCCCUGCAGUGCCAUCUACCCUACUCCUUCGGAAACCUCGCAGACUGCAAACUCUUGCUUUGCCAAGUGGAAUGCGACUUCUAUCCCCCACUCUACCCGAGAUUCGAUAAGGGAGGCUGAGGAGCUCGUAGGCCCAGUCCCCACUCUCUCUGAGACUCGCCCGGCAGGAAAAUCUCCCAAUCUGUCUCUACCCUCAGUGUCCCAAGAGAGGAGAAUGCUGUUUAAUCAUAUUGGAGACGGCGCUUUGCCACGAAGUGAUUCCAAUCUGCCUGGCCCUGACAAAGCUGUAAACACCACCCCCAGCAGCUGGAGCCUGGACAGCGGGAAGGAAGCCAGAAACACAUCAGAAAGUGGAAAGCUUAUGUCUCCUCCUGUACCACCAAGACCUGCACAGACUGCAUCACCAGCAAGACACAUAGCCUCCGUUUCCCCUUCUCCUGCUGGCAGAUCACCAAUGAAGGGGUCUGUGCAAUCGUUCACGCCGUCUCCGGUGGAGUAUCAUUCCUCGGGGCUCAUAUCCAACUCCCCGGCGCUGUCGGGCAGUUACAGCAGCGGCAUCUCUUCGCUCAGCCGCUGCAGCACGUCGGAGACGUCGGGCUUCGAAAGCCAAGGCGGCGAACCGCCCGUGACUGUCCCGAGCUACAGCGUUUCCGAGGAGCCUGUGAGAAAAGAAAGCAAAACCCCGCCGCCUUACAGCGUGUACGAGCGGACUUUGAAACGCCCCGUUCCUCUACCUCACAGCCUCUCCAUCCCGCCCGCCGCGGACCCGCCAGCCCUGCCGCCCAAGCCGCAGCUGGUCCGGCCAAACAAUCUGGAAAACAGCAGCCGGAGGACUGAGCAGGUUCCCCGGCCCAGGCCUCUGCCCCGCAAAGUCUCUCAGCUAUGAGAAGCCGCUUUUGUAUUUAAUCGCAACCAAUUCUUUCCCGGUUAAGAAAUAAUAUUUUCUAAAAACGGUGGAACGUGUUUAGUUAGGCACUUUAACGUUUUGCCCACCUUUUCUCUCGAGCAAUUACGAAACGCUUAUUAAUAUUACGUUGCACAUUUGAAAUGAAAUUACUAAUUUGGGUUGCCAGAUAUUAUAGGAAGCAUGACUGAGAGGAUUUUUUUUUUUUUUUUUAAUUUUCACGGUGGUGAAUACUGAUAAAUGCUUUUAUUUGUACUUUAUUUUUAUUUAAAAAAAUUAAAUCUAAAACCCUACAGCUCUCAUCCGAGUUAGCCGAAUGCUUCUUACAAAAUGCAGAAUAUACUGACUGGAUCUUUACUACUAGAGAUAAAUGCACGCUUUCUAACAAAGUAGUCUGUAGACUAGGAUGUUUCUGCAAGUAGGCUGAAAGUUGUUUCUCUUAUCUGAUGAACAGGUUGGUCAUUUCAAAUGUCUGUGGAAAAACUGAGAUAUAAUGCAAGUUAUACUGCAGAGAACUGUUGUAAGAAUGUGGUUUGGAAUCUUUGAAACCCACGCUUGGUUUAUGUUAUUUUUAAGAUGGAAAAAUACCUGCAUUUCAUUCAGCGUACAGCACCGUUCUGGUGAAUCUUGAUAAGGUUUUGUGCCAUUAGUGUAUUGUUGUACCUGACGCAUCCUUUUCUUUUUGAGGUGCGAUUUACUUUUAUUCUUCCAGUUAGUGGUUUUUUUGUUGUUCUGGUUUUGUUUUUUAAAAUGCUAGCAGUUUGCUAGUGGAGGCUCUCUGCUAUUUUUGAAAGUUCACCCUAAAAUACAAUCUGUGUAUGAAAUAGGUACAAAUAAAUUGUUCCUUUAACUUGUGUACAAGAAUCAGUACUGACUAGUACCGAGGCAAUACACUCAAUGAACACAUUUUUUAAAGUACAAAUUACUGGUUAUCGAUCAAUAAAUUUCAAAAGCUUAAUUGCAAAGGUCAUUAGUAAUUCUGUAAAAACCUAGCAAAAAUUCCGAACAGCUCUUUGGAUGUGUACGUACCAGUGGAGUCAGGUUUUGGAUUUGCUUUUUAGCUUGAGUUCAUCACCAUCGUCUUUAUUGCAGAGGAAUGGUGUUUGGCCUUAGGUUGUAUUUUAGUGACUGGCAUCUGAAGAGCUCUGGAAAGCUAAUGCCAAGCCGUAGGAAUGUGGAGGGGAAAGAAAAAAAAAAGAAAAAAAAAAAAAAAGCACCUUCUGUAUGUAUUUUUUGUAUCCUCUUUCUUUUACUGACUGUUUAACAUGUGCUUGGGAAACAGAUGUGUGAACUGCAUUUUAAAUCAUGCUGUUAAAAAUAUUCUCCCUCUUUUGUUGGGAAGCUUAUGUUCAUUUUAGCUGUGUUUUAUUUGUCGAUAGUUUAACUGGAAGAAAGUGACCACUUUUUAUAUUCUCUCAAUUAAACCUUCAGCAGUUACAAGCUGUUGAUGGUAGUUAUAGAGGUUUUCUAUAAUAAAUGUUCAAGUAUUUUUGUACAUAAUUGGUAAAUUUUAAUAAGGAGUGUACCAUUAUGUGAAAAAGAAGCAAACAGUUGUGUAUGCAGUAAGAUUGUUAUAAUUAUGCCAAAUACUUUAUGUAUGGAAAAAAGAAUAUUUGUAAAUAUGUGCUUUUAACAAUAAUUCUGCCAUAUUGACUUUACAAUUUUGAAUGUCAGAAAAAAUUAAUAUAUGUUAAAAUAUUUAUGUUUUAGUGAAAGUAUUCAUAACUUGAAAAGGAACAUGAAUUUUAGCUUUGUAUCUUGCUGCUUUCCAAGUCUGAAGUUCCUUGAACUAGCUCUUGCUUUCUACUAUAACAUUUUUGUGUCUGUAACCACAUCAUAAAAGGUGUAGAAGGCUACGUAUUUAUGCUGAUAUAAAGAAGUAAUGCCUGAGAUUUAAAUAAGGUGUCACAAGUAAGAUAACAAAGCUACUUUGAUUUUUUUUUUUUUUGACCCCUGUGUAGUUUAAUAGGUUUUGUUGACUAGUGCUUGAGCACAGUAUGAAUCAGUGUUACUAGCUCCUGAAGCCAUUUUUUUUUUUUAUUUCUGGCAGUGAGCAGAGUGGAUGACUUUAUCAUUUGCGUGCAUUACUGAAGUCAGCUUUGCAGCAAAACAUUUCACAAAGUUUCUGUUUACCUAGACACUCAUAUUGGUUGCUGCAUAAUGUUAAUAUGGAGUAAAAGGACUUGAUUAAUCUUUACAGUACAACUUGUUUUCUACAGAAUGAGAGAUUAUAAUUCAGUUUGUCACGGAAUUAAAGUUCUGACUCCUUGUCUUGCUAAAUCCAGUUUUCUUUCUGUUAAAAGUCUCCUGAUGGAUCUAGUUUUCUCCCUAUUUGGAUCCGUAAUUGCUUUGUGAGACAAUGUGGAGAGUAUUGACCUGCUCUUCUGAACAAGUGAAGAAUGUAAAAUUUACUAGGAGAGUUCACUGUAAAUUAACCUGCAUGAGCACUCUGUUUUUAUAACCAUGACAUCAGGAAUACUCUGAACGAUAGCAGACGGUGUAAAAUUGACAGAGUACUCUAAAACCGAGCUGACACAUUUUCUGCUUAGCCAGUUUUGACAAAUUGAUUCUGUAGAUCAGCUUUUCAACCUGAUUUCCUAUAAAAAAUGUAGUAUGAAAUUUUGUUAUGUAUGUUGCAACACCCGACGCUUGAAAACCUAAUGUAAAUAAAGGUCUCGUUUGAAUUUUA